UUGUUGUGGCCAUGGCCAAGCACGCGCUGCUGUCAUCGGGGGCGCGCGCGUGGAGGUCCCUGGCCUGCGCCAGGUCCGAGCUGCGGCUGGAUCUCACUCUCGGCGGCGGACAAUCUUUCCGCUGGAGAGAAACCGCGCAGGGCCACUGGACCGGAGUGAUGGGAGGACGCGUGUGGACCCUGACCCAGACGGACGACACCCUCUGGUACCACGUGUACAGGAGCUCGGCCGGGGAGAGGAAGAGGAGGAAGAGGAGGGCCGGUGCUGCUCUCCAGGUGGAACGGGACAAGUUGAGGAAGGAGGAGGAGCCGGUGGCAGGGACCCCAGUGCAGGAGGAGGAGGAGGAAGAGGAGGAGGAGGAGGAGGAGAUGCUGAGAGACUACUUCCAGCUGAAGGUGCAGCUGGGGCACCUGUACCAGACCUGGGGGGCUGCAGACCCUCACUUCCAGAGCAUCGCACACAUCUUCACAGGUGUGCGGAUGCUCCGCCAGGACCCCACUGAGUGUCUCUUCUCCUUCAUCUGCAGCUCCAACAACCACGUCUCCCGUAUCCAGGGCAUGGUGGAGCGGCUGUGUGCGGCUCUGGGGGCCCCGCUGCUCCGGCUGGAGGGGACCGCGUACCACCGCUUCCCCUCGCUGGCCGCGCUCGCAGACCCCCUGGUGGAGGCCCGCCUCCGGGACCUGGGCUUCGGGUACCGGGCCCGGUUCCUCCGGCAGAGCGCGGCUCAGAUCCUGGACUCCCGGGAGCCCCGGUGGCUCGAGGGCCUGCGCGGCGUCCCGUACCCGCUGGCCCGCGACGCCCUGCGGACUCUCCCCGGCGUCGGCACCAAGGUGGCCGACUGCGUGUGCCUGAUGUCCCUGGAUAAGGCCGAGGCCGUCCCCGUGGACACACACGUGUGGCAGAUCGCCAGACGGGACUACAGCGUCGCCCCCGGCAACAAUCAGAAGAGCAUCACGGAUAAACUUCACCGGGACCUCGGAGACUUCUUCAGACGCCUGUGGGGUCCUCGUGCCGGUUGGGCCCAAUCGGUGCUCUUCUGUGCCGACCUCAAGAAGUUCCAGAAGCUCAAAGAAACGUCGCGGCCGAAGAAAAAGGAGGAGGAGGAGGCGGAGAAGGAGAAGGAGAAGAAGGAGGAGGAGGAGGAGGAGGAGGCGGGGCCGUGCAGGAGCAAAAAAAUGAAGGCGGGAAAAAAUAGAACCACGAAGAAAAUAAAGACAACAUAACAUGAGACUUAAUUGUGUGUGUGUGUGUGUGUGU